AAACGCAACCCUGGUGAGGUUAAAUGAGGCGGCGAACGAAGCAGCUAAAAGAUUUUUUUUUUUCAAAAAAUAAACGUUCACUUUAUUUUUCUGAAUCCUGGGUAUUGAAACGACAUCGUUUCCGUUGUACGGACGGGAAGCCCCCGAAUUUCUGUAUGACCGUUUGGCUAACGGUUGAUUACGCAGUUGCGAAUUGCGGUGUCGGAACUGAACGGAGUUCCGACCAUGGUGAGGAUGCUUUCGAGGGCAUUCCGAUCUAUAAAGCCCCAUAACCCUAACCCUAAACCCCCCAAAUCUUCACUUUCUCAGUUACAAUCAUCAUCACCGUUUGCACCAUCAGCAUCACCGUCAUCGGCGAGGACUUCACAAUCAAGAUCUGCAUCUAAAUCGUGGUCUGUUUAUCUCAUCCUGUGCACCAAUGCUCCCAUCAAGACCUACGUUGGCGUCACCACCAAUUUCUCUCGACGUCUAAAGGAACAUAAUGGUGAACUAAAAGGUGGUGCAAAAGCAUCACGUGCAGGAAGGCCUUGGAUUUGUGCAUGCAUAAUUCAAGGUUUUAAGGAUCAAAGUGAAGCUUGCAGUUUUGAAUCAAAAUGGAAAAAUGUCUCGAAGAAAUUGCCCCGCAAAAGGAGUGACAAGACAGUAAAGCAGGUUGACAACGGCUCACUUGUGUUGCAACACAGUCAUGCUAAGAACAAAAGUGCUGAAGCUGCUGCCUUCAUAAAAUUUUGGCGCCAUCCUUGAAAAUUUCUAGAUUGUUUGGUGAACUUGAAUCUCUGUUUGAUGACUUAUUUUGCUUGUAGUUUAUGUUGAUUCUGCUGUUUGAACUCAUUUUGUGAGUAUACGAAACCCAGCUGAGAGGAAAUUAUUCGUUGACCUUUGGCUUCAACAUUGUUGAGUAAUGCAGAUGUAAUUUUAGGUAUUUUCAGCAGCUCCAGGUGCUUUUUUCACCUUCAA